GUUCCCCGUGUGGAGCUGACCCUCUCUGAGCUCCAGGAGAUGGCAACCAGACAACAGCAGCAGAUAGAGGCCCAGCAGCAGGUGCUGAUGGCCAAGGAGCAGAGGCUCAGGUAUCUCCAGCAGGGAGGAAGGUCCCACCCAGGACAGACCCAGCCUGAAGCGGAGAAGCUGCAGCAGCUGAAGGAGCGAGUGGAGACACAGGAAGCAAAGCUGAAGAAGAUCCGAGCCAUGAGAGGCCAGGUGGACUACAGUAAGCUGAUCAAUGGAAACCUCUCUGCAGAGAUCGACCAUGUGAGCAGCUUGUUUCAGGAGAAGCAGGCAGAGCUUCAGUCUGCGGUGAUCAGAGUGGACCAGCUAACUCAGCAGUUGGAGGACCUGAGGAGGGGACGCCUUCAGCUGCAGUCCGAUGCACAGAGGGAGGGAACCCCGACUGGUUCCCCGGGUGGAACCACGGGUCACAGAGGCUCAGCUCUGUCCGGCCCUGCAGCCGUGGAGCUGAGGAAACUCUAUCAGGAGCUGCAGGCUCGGAAUCAUCAGAAUCUGGAACAGAGCAGCAAACUGGCCCAAAACAAGGAGCUGUUGAACAAAAGGAACGUCCAGGUGACGGUAAUGGACCAGCGAAUCGGAGAUCUCAGGGAGCGGCUUCAUAAGAAGAGGGCAGAGCUGUGCCGUUUGAAUGGCGCCGGCUCCACCUCUCCUCAGGCCGCCCCACAUCCUGGCGGUGGCGUGUCUGGCAGAGUGGCUGCCGUCUGUCCUUACGUCCAGACACCAGCCGAAGGGAGGCAGGACCCUGGAUACCCCGCGGCCGCUGACCCGCCCCCCAAACCUGCACCGCUCAACCACAUCCGCUCCCUCUCAGGUUUAUAGAUCCUUUCCUUUCUGUUGGACAUGAGAACACCAGAGGACGGUCCUCCUGGGCUCUCAUCGUCUUCCUGUCUAGUGGUUCCUGUUCCUCCUCUCUGUUCUCUAUGCGCUCUCAUUUUUUCAUGGUGGUUCCUGAUGUGACUCAUCAUCAGGAUGUGCCUGUUGCUCUGGUUGCUGGUCUUGUCCUUUGUGUACGCACAGAGGAGGACAAGAUCUGCAUCUCAAGGCCUCUGGGUCAGAGCAAGGUGUUGCACUUAGACACCAUCCUGUCCGAGGGGCAACGCUGACUGACUGUAUCGACUUGAAUCGGCUGGAAUGCAAUCAGCUGCCUCUUUGAACCGACUAGGGUUCAAGGAGACAGAAGCAGACAUAGAAAAAGAAGCAUAGGUACAAAAGGCAACUGUCAACCAGCUCCACAGGCGGCCCCGUCCAGGAAACACACAGCCAGGCAGACGAGCUCCAAGCCAGCUCCCAUGUCAGAGGAUGAAGGUUCACAAUAGGUCAAGGUCAACUAUAGGUUCAGUCCCACUCUAAUGAAUGAGUCAUAGGUCCAGGUCCACUCUAAUGAACGAGUCAUAGAUCCAGGUCCACUCUAAUAAACGAGUCAUAGAUCCAGGUCCACUCUAAUGAAUGAGUCAUAGAUCCAAGUCCACUCUAAUGAAUGAGUAAUAGA